UAUUUCUCUUUGCACUUGUUUGUCUAUUAUUCGAUUAUUUUUCUACUUUUCCUUGUGUGCACAGCUCUUUUUUUCUACCCUUCACUCGCAUUCACCCUUCCCUUCCUUUCCUUAACACAAUUUCCCUUUUAUUGUUUAUCCCACCUUUUACACCGUUUAACGAAAUAGUUUUUCUUUUGUACAGAAUAAAAAUGGGGUUUUUCCGGAGAACUACAUCAAAGUCGAAGGACGGCAGUCAGGGCGCACCGACAACGCAACGCUACCUUGAUGCUGGACUCCAACCACGGUUCGACAUGUACGAUCGGGAUGAUGCCAGAAGCUACGUUAAUGUCGAUGGCGAUGGUGCCACCUACGAGCAGGGCCGUCCAUACCAGAAGCAUGAGCACUAUUAUCAAGAGCCACACAGCGUUGGCAUAUCCGCAAUGCGUACAAAAGAUUCAUUCAAUCGCGACGAGGAGGGCGAUUUCGACGAUGCCGCUAGCUACCACUCUACGUCGUCCAAUCCCGGAAUGGCGCGGCCGACGACAGCCGGGGCAUCGGCAUCAGCGCCCACAACCGCGUAUUCAGGGGACACGGGCUAUACUCAGACAUUACCCUCGCGGUAUCUACAGAUGGCUACGCAGGGCCGCGGGGGCGCCAGGGGCAACAAUCCAAUUAUUGACAGUUACUACAGCACGUUUGGCGACGACGACAACGUGGCACGGACCAUGGGUCAAAUGUCACUUUCUGCGAAUGCCCGUCAGAUGCAGCAGCAACAACAGCAGCCACAGCAGCAGCAUCAACCUGCAUCCCACAUACAGCCUUCUCUUCCCAGCGGCGGCAUGGUAUCCUCGGCUACUGCCAAUGGAGGUGCCAUUCGCUUGCCAGUCAUGCAGACAGAGCCAAGACAAAAGUCAGAGCAGGAGCUGGGCGAAGAUUACUUUCAAAAGGCCGUCAACUUCCACGAGCUAGGUGAUCUAGUAAGUGCCACGGCAUACUUUAAGCGGGCAGCCGACAAACACAGUCCGCUGGGCAUGCUGUUCUACGGCCUGUCGCUCCGCCACGGCUGGGGCUGCCAGCCGAACGAAAACCUGGCAUUUGUGUUUUUGCAAAAGGCCGGCGAGCAGGUGGUACCGCACGUCAAGGACAUGGAUCCGGCAGUUGCGGGGAUGGCCAAAGAUGAGUUGGCUAUGGCUAUAUACGAGCUGGGUCAGAGCUAUCGCCAUGGAUGGGGUGUCUCGCAGAACAAAAAGACAGCCGCGUAUUACUUUGAAGUUGCUGCGGAGCUGGGCGAUGCAGACGCACAGGGCGACCUGGCUGCCUGCUAUGAGAAGGGCGAUGGCGUGAAACGGGAUAUGAAAAGAGCCGCUCAUUAUUACCGCUUGGCCAAUAAGCAGGGUAUGGAGUUGUUUGGCACGUCGUGGAUUUACAAGAAAAAAUACGAUUCGGACUAGUUAUUUCUAUGUAUAGUUGUAGAAUAAAUGCUGUGAAUAUUUUUAAUGUUCAAUUUCAACCCGUUUUCCAGCAAAAUGGUUUAGUAUCUUGUUGGCACUCAAUGGUCAAAUCAAAGGUUGUCGGGUGAAUAUUUUAAAUUGAUUGUCAUUUUUUACACGUCAAAGUCUGGCCAAAACAACACAAAGUGAAAAUUGCAAGCAAGUUUAGUUGAUACUUUAUCUAAGAAUAUUUACGUGGG